AGGCUUCACAGCUUUCUGCUCUGCACAUCGUCCUGAACGACUGCAAAGAUGCUGAGAAUCCUCUACUUCACCACCUUCGCUGCACUUGUGCUGGGUCAGUCUGGGGUCGCCCCACCUGGACAAGGUGGACAGGUACAAACCAGAGUGGUUGGUGGUUCAGUAACCACCCCCAACGCUUGGCCCUGGCAGGUCUCCCUGCGAGUUCAGAGCGGCACCUGCUACAACCACGUCUGUGGAGGAGUGCUGAUCAAAACGAACUGGGUGCUGACCACUGCUCAGUGUGUGUCCGGCAUCGCGGUGUCCCUCGUUGUUCUUGGUGAGCAUGAUCUGACCGCAUCUGAAAGCAAGGAGCAGUUCUUUGGAGUCAGUGCCAUCUACAUCCACCCCAGCUGGAAUAGUGAUCUGACCGCUGGGAACGACAUCGCCCUGAUUCGCCUCACCUCCAAUGCCAUCCUGAACUCUUACGUGCAGCUGGCUACUCUGCCCUCUGCAGGCCAGAUCCUCUCAGGCAACACGGCCUGCUAUGUCACCGGCUGGGGGGUCACACAGAAUGGAGGUUUUCUCUCUGCUCAGCUGAGACAGGCUUCACUGCCUUCAGUCGACUACGCCACCUGCAGCAGCAGCACCUGGUGGGGCACUGUUGUCAAAACCACCAUGAUCUGCGCUGGCGGUGCAGGAACUGCUGCUGGUUGCAACGGUGACUCCGGUGGUCCUCUGAACUGUGUGGUUGGUGGCAGGUAUGUAGUCCAUGGACUCACCAGCUUUGUGUCGACUGCUGGCUGCAACACCAUCAGGAAACCCACCGUCUUCACCCGCGUGUCUGCCUACCUCUCCUGGGUGCAGGGUAUCACAGGCUAAAUGGAACCCAGCAGACAAGCGAGAUGGUCUCCUGACGUCGAGAGAAUCCUUCAGUUUCUACGCUUUGAUUCAUCUAUUCUUCAGAUAUUUGAUUUAUUUUUAUAAUUUUUGCACAACGUAUCCAAUAAAUGAAGAGAACCUGUA